GCCAUAUUGUUGAUGUGUCACCUCAUAGUGUCUAGGGAGGAGAUCACUCACACGGACUUGACGCUCACUAUUUCUCAAGGCAGCUAAACAUAUCACAUGUGAAAUGGAUUUGACAUAACCUGCCUAGCUUAAAGAGACGAUGGAGCCAUCAGACAAUCAGGGAGAACAUACCCCUGCCUAUGGCCCCACCCAAAGUUCAGAAGUCACUAUGGUUCCAGAAGGGUCAAACAAUGUAAUCAGCGAUGGGGGUGAGGUUGCGUUAAUGGAACUUGCGGAAGACACUGAGCUAGACAGUCUUGAGCUGGAUGGUACACUUUCAGACAGUUUUGAUAAAGAAAGUCUUAGUUCAGACACGUUUACAGAGGUCCAACAAGCUGCAAGUGGAGAAGAGAUACCAUGUGACGGGAACAGUAGCUGUGACAUUGGAACUGCUUCCAUUGAUGAUGUCAGGACUCCACCAGCUCUCCACAAUUGGACUUCAGUGUCAUUGCCUGCCAUCCUUGAUGGAGAACACAAAUGUUCUAGCCUUGAGGAGCCGGUAGCACUACCAGAUCCAGUAACAGAAAGUGGGAGUCAGAAAGAGGUUGAGGAAUCCUCUAUUUCUGUUUGCAGUGGGACAGAUGAACUUACUUCCACUGGUUUGGAUACAGUUGUAGAUAAUUCUUUAGUUGAGAGUCACACAUUUGAAGGGCCAACAGAACAUCAAGUCCCAGUUAAUGGGACUCCUUAUCAAGAUACUCCAUCUCUUCAGGGCGAGGAAACCCCUGCUGAUGUCCAUAAGCCCUCUGAAAACUCAGUACCCCAAAACUCACACUCCAACUCAAAUAUAAACCCAUACGACACAGACUGCAGCAGAAAGCUGAUGUCUGAGAUCCAGCGCUCUUUGUCUCAGGAGUCUCUACUGGAUGAACUGGAAGACGAACUGUUAAACAGUCAGUCAGAGGGUGUCCGGAAAGGAAGACCACCAAACGGACUACCCAAGGACCAUAACUCUAUCGUUUUAUUCGAGAGGUGUGUCCAAUACAAGUACUCCGAACAGGAGAAAGCCAUCAAAAGGUUACUUGAUGAAAAUAAAAAGCAUCAGGAGCUGAUUCUGGGCAUCUGCUCUGAAAAAGACAACAUGAGAGAAGAGCUGAAGAAGAGAAUGGAGACAGAGAGACAACAUCUUUGCACCAUUAAGAAGUUUGAGAACUGGGUGGAGGAACUUCUGAAAGAACUGAAAGACUCCAGAGACAGACUGGUUCACCAGGACCAGGCUGCCAAGAAUGCCAUCCAGCAAAUGCAGAGGGAGAUGACCUAUCGACUCGAACAGGCCAAUAAGAAAUGUGAAGAGGCACGCCAGGAGAAGGAGACAAUGGUGAUGAAGUAUGUUCGGGGAGAGAAGGAGGCACUGGAUCUGCGCAGGGAGAAAGAACAGCUGGAGAAGAAGCUUCGGGAGGCCACAACCGAAGUAGACAAACAGGCCCGACGGGGAAACUCACUGGCCCAGGAAAAAGGACGCCUGCAGCAGCUGUAUGAUGCCAAGGAGAAUGAGGUAACGAGAAUGUCUCGUGAGCUGGAGAAAGUCAAGGAAGAAAUCAAUUCUCAUGUCAUCAAAGUAAAGUGGGCUCAGAACAAACUGAAGAGCGAAUCAGAUGCUCACAAGGAAACAAAAGACAAACUCCGAGAGACAACCGCCAAGCUGACUCAAGCGAAAGAAGAAACAGAACAGAUCCGCAAAAACUGCCAGGACAUGAUUCGCACAUACCAGGAAUCUGAAGAGAUAAAAUCGAAUGAAUUGGACGCAAAGUUGCGAGAGACAAAAGGAGAACUGGACAAGCAAAAACAGGAGCAAACUGACCAGCUAGAGAUGUACAAAGCAAAGAUUAAGGAGUUGGAGGAUCUGAAGAGGACUUUUAAAGAAGGCAUGGACGAACUGACCACUCUGCGGACCAAGGCUAAGUGUUUGGAGGAUGAAAGGCCACGUUGGGAAGACGAACUCUGCAAGUACAGAGAAAUCAUUAACAGACAGAAGACUGAGAUCCAGAAUCAGAGACAAAAACUCACAGCCAUCACUGGACUCGAGGAGCAACAUCAGAGGGAUGAGCAGGAGGUUGCGUCUUUGCGGGAGGAGGUGGAGAAUCAGAACUCUCAGAUUACUGAUCUGCAGAGGGACAUCGAGGGCAGCAGGACAAGAGAGGCAGAGCUUCUGGGCUUCACUGAGAAACUGACGAGUAAAAAUGCUCAGCUGCAGUCAGAGAGCAACAGCCUACAGGCCCAGCUAGACAUAUUGAACAGCAACUCCAGAAAACUUAGCAGCAAGCUAGAGGAGACCGAGAGAUCCCUCACUGAGAUGACGAACAGGUUGAGGAAGGAGGAGCAGCAGAGGCAAGAGGAGGUGCAAGCUCUGCAGACUGAGAGAACAACGCUGCAGACCGAAAUGUCUCAACUGAAGUUGCGUGUGGAGGAAUUGCGAGAUGAACUGGUCACGCAGAAGAGGAAACAGGCGGCUAACAUCAAAGACCUCACCAAGCAGCUCAUACAGGCUCGUAAGAAGCUAGAGCAGGUGGAGAAUAGUGGAUGUGAUCGAGAGGGCAGCAGUAUGGGCAGCCGCUCCAGUUCCUCAGGCUCUCUAAAUGCACGGGGCAGCAGUAUGGAUGAUCGCUCUCCGGAGAAUCAGUCUGGUUCGUCGGUUGUGGUGGUGGACAGCUUCCCUGAGGUGGACAAAGCUGUGCUGGUGGAACGCAUCGUACGGCUGCAGAAAGCUCACGCUCGCAAGAGCGAGAAGAUUGAGUUCAUGGAAGACCACAUCAAACAGCUGGUGGAUGAGAUCAGGAAAAAGACAAAGAUUAUCCAGAGUUAUGUGCUGCGAGAAGAGUCUGGAGCUUUUUCUUCAGAAGCCUCAGACUUUAACAAAGCCCACCUUAGCCGGAGGGGGGGCAUCAUGGCUUCACUUUACACCUCCCAUCCCGCCGACAGCGGCCUCACUCUCGACCUCUCGCUGGAAAUCAACCGCAAACUUCAGGCUGUGCUGGAGGACACCCUGCUCAAGAACAUCACAUUGAAGGAGAAUCUCCAGACACUGGGUUCAGAGAUCGAACGACUAAUCAAACAGCAACGAGUUCCAGAUGAUACAACCAGAAAAAAGUGAUGUCGUUUAAAGGGUAUAGGCAUAAAUAACACGUGCUGAAGGACUGAGAUGGUUCUGAAGUCACGCACACUGAGGAACCACCUUUUGUGAUUAAGACAGUGCUGUUGUUAUCAGAGACGUUUGGUCUGAUCCACACACAGGAGGAACGGUUUGAAAUGGACUAAACUGAGCCAGACACACAAACACUUGUACGACAAAUGAAUGAAAUAGAGUUUUCCAAGAGCCUCCCUUGCUUUUAGACUUCACAACGUGCCCAAUGUCCAGCUGGUCGGCGUUUGCCCCUCUCUCUGCAGUGCCGGUUUCUCUUUUACUUCCCUUCUAGUAGUUCUGUGCUAGUUUAUAGCAGAAUUGCACAGUCCUCAAUCAAACAACCUACAAGUGUAUGAAGUUGGGUAGAUGAAUGAAUAUCAAUGUGACCCCACGCUUCAUUUAAAGAACAAAAUGUGCCGGACUAAUGGAUGCCCAUUCUACCACUCUUCAGAAGCUUUCAGAGGACAAAUGCAGCUUUUCCUCUAUUCACCACAGCGCAGGUUAAUGGCCAUUGCUUGCCGCUCUCAUACAAAUGUGCCAAUUAAUGAAUGUAUUAUGUAAUGAGAGAGAUCCUAGGGUGUAAUUCCUAUAUGCUCCGACCCAUGAGUGCGUGCACCAUUCCCCGCUUUCACCUCUGCUUGGUUACCGCUACACUUGGAUAGUGUUAUCUCUCCACCGGCCUUGCAAAGCACUUAAGAGGGGCCAUGUCUAAAAAUACAGCUUCUGCUCUGUCCCAUCAUUAUGAAGUUUAUGAAACACAUUAAACUGAAUGAAUAACUACAUCUCAAAUGUUGAUACGUUUAGGGCUAGUCUUAAGGGAGCUUAUGAUUUUUAUUAUCAAUUUCUUCUAUCUGGAUUUAGUUGUAAUUAAAUUUUAUUGUUAGUACCCCCCAUCUCCUUUUUCCCUUUCUACUUCUGCUUAUUUGUUUUCUGUAGAAACAAGCUCAUACAAUUUUUUUUAUGUUCCACGUCUUUUUUUUAUUACUGUUUUGAAGCUGCUUUUGAAGAGGCUGUUGCUCAUUUACUUGCUUUCCAAAAGAGAUGAGUGUAACAACCCACCGAAAUGAAGAAGAUAUUGUAAAUCCAAAGGGCAAAAGUGCAAUUUUUACAAAAAGCUGUAUUUACUUCGAUCAGGGUCCCUUCUUUGAGUACAGCAAAUAUUCCGUGGGAACAUCCAAAUUCAUGGUGAUGUAACCACACGGUAAGCAAAAUCGUGCAGAGCUGAAUCCAUUCCAACCAAUGAAUUGUCAUUGCCUGAGGCGUCACUGGCCUGGUUUUCCCUCCAUUCUUCUCUACAGGGGUGCAUGUUGAAGGAUCGACCUCAUUGGAUAUUACUGAUGGAUUUUUCACGCUCACCUUAGACUUUAACAAGCUUGUGGAGGGCAGCAGUGCGAAUGAUUGGCAGAUCUCAGACCAUUUUAGUGCCGUUCUUUGUCAUCUUGGUUUUCCCCCCUUGAGUCAAUAUUGAAAGUUAAGUCAUGCCCAUACACUGUGAUAAAGGGUUUAUAUUAACUUGACAUACUGCAACAUAAGCUUGUCAAGGUCAUAUCAACUGUUCCAACACUUAGAGUCUGUGCUAUAGCUCUCAGCACUCCCGAAUGCAUUGCAGACAUUCCGGAACGAUGGAUGAAGGAAAUUAUGCAAUGUUUGCAGAAAAACAUUUACACAGCCAUUAAAAUCGAAAUGAAGAAGACUGUCCUAUCUCUCAAUUUAUCAAUGUUCUUUACAUGCAUAAUUUAUUUAAUGUCCUAAAGUAAUAUGAUAAGAAAGAUGUUUGUGAAAGAUUAAUUGCAAAAACAAAAAAAGAAAAUCAUAUUGAUUCUGUUUCUGGUCUGUCAUCUGUGCUCUGCUUGAUUGUAUUGUGAGUGAAACUGUGAUUAUAAAUUUGUAGAUAUAUUGUACAAUGGUCCAAUGUUUUUAAACCUAUGAAUCUGAAAUUUCUGUAUGUAUGGCAUACAAAGGGGAUUAAAACAAAAA